GUGUCGACUCUCAGAACCAGAAGCACCUAAAGCAGCCCCACUGUCAGAACUCAGAGCCCAGUGACGAGGGAGAGAGAAGUCGGAAGCAGAUUCUGUCCCUGUGUUUGUGUACCAGUUGUGGAAUGGGUGAUUUUCGUCUGCGACCCGGAGAACGGCUCGGGCCCCCGUCUUCUUGUUAAAAGGGCGAGCCAUCCUCUGAAACAUGUUCCUCUUUACGGGUAAAUAACGACAGAUAUGGAUACGGACAAAAACCCUGGUAGGACGAGGUUUGCGGAUUAUUUCGUUAUCUGCGGACUUGACCUCAGUUCUGGUCUUGAACCCGACACAUUUGCUGGAGACAAUUUACAGUCAACACCUUUGGAAAGACCAUACAAGAGCAAGGUUUUGGGCCACUAUCCAGAAAAUGUGUCAUGGAAUCCAUUUGACAAAAAUGCUGUUUGCAUGCUUUGCUUGCCAAAUGGGCUGCAGUUUCGUACCCAGAAAAACAACCUAGAGCCUAAAUUUCACUCAUUUGUCAUAACAAAAGAAGAUGGAAAACGCACAUACGGAGCAAGUUAUGUUUUCUACGAAGAGACGAAAAACAGGAAAAUUUGCAGCGCGAUGCAGACUCUUCAGGCGAUGCAUUUGACUGAACUUUCAUCUGGCCGAUCGAAGAGAACCCCUGACCAGAACAUAAGAUCGUUACCUCGGCAAUUCAACUCCAGAUCUCUUCCGAGGCAUUUCAAAUUAAGUGCUCAUACAGCAGCAGCCCAGUCGUACUAUGAUCUCUCAAAAGAUACUCUUUACGUUACAAAAUGUAUAGCUCUGAUAUCCCAACAUCAGUUCGUUCAUGCUCAGCAAUCUUUCCUAGCAUCGCUCCACAGGUGCUGGAAAGAGCAAGGAACACCGAGUUUGGAAGCUUCAGUUUAUAAUUUAUUGUACGAAGUGACCGUCCCUCCUCCAGGAAGAUCACUGUCUUUUUGUUGUUACCCCGAGGAGAGGGUUAUUAUCCAGUCCCCUGCUCUUAUGGAGGAUCUACCAGCUUUUGAUUUUCCUCUAAGAGAACUUUUCACUCUUUUAGGAGUCGAUUGUGUUGUUCAACUUUUUACGUGUCUUCUUUUAGAGAAUCAGAUUUUACUUUGUUCUGGAGAAUACCAAAGAUUAAUGUUAGUGGCCGAAUCGUUGACAGCCUUGCUUCUUCCUUUCUCCUGGCCUCAUGUUUAUGUUCCUAUUUUACCAGCAAGCUGUCAUCACUUUCUUGAUGCACCUGUUCCUUUUGUUAUGGGCCUACAUACAAGAGAAUCUCGCGUUAAUAUUCCUAGUGAGGCAAAUUUAUGUUAUAUGGACUUGGAUACAAGACUCUUACAGACUCCUGAAGAGCUUCCUACUUUUCCACACAAGGCAGAAUUUAUAUCAGAAAUAUGUGAUGUCCUUAGAAGGUUCAAAGUUUCCGGUGAUCAUUUAGAUGUAAAUUGGAACAACAACACAUCAGAUGUUAUGAGCAGUUCGUGCAUAAGUGUUAGAAAUAGGAAACACUCGUGGGCUGAUGAACUUGAAGAUAACCCGUCUCUUACUCAAGGCUCGGAAACGUUGCAAAGAAUUGUUUCAAUGACAAGAAGAACUGGGUUAUCGCUAGAUGGUCUUGAUGAUAUAGAAGGCGAAUGGGAUUCUCUUGUUGACGAUGGAUUUUCUGAAGACACUUAUUUAACUACAGAAGUCCAAUAUGCCAGGGAUUUAAGGAUCAACAAUGCAAUUAGAGAAAUUUUCUUAAAUAGAUUUGUACAGAUUUUUUCAACCUAUGAGCAUUUUAUUAUUCAGCCAAAUCAGGACAAAGAUGAAUGGUUGAGUAACAGGGAAUCGAUGCAAAACUUUGACAAGGCUACAUUUUUAUCAGACCAGCCUCAGCGUCAUUUGCCAUUCCUUUCGAGAUUUAUAGAAACACAAAUGUUUGCAACAUUAAUUGACAAUAAAAUUCUUAGCAAUUGGAAUAAAAUGGACCAACGGUUAAGAGUGUUUGAACGUAGGAUUAAAAUGUUAAGAAAGAGAUACGGCGAAGCACUGGUUAGGACACCUUGCUAUGAGCCUUGUGUUACUAUAAGCGAUACCCAGAUAUUGUUAGAUAGGAGAAUGUCAGAUCUUGAUGCUGAAAUACCUCCACCGAGGGAAAUGUGUCCUAACCGAACUUCGAGGUCUACUGUCGGAGGUUUUCCAAUAUUGGAUCCGCUUUUGCUCUCCCAAGAACCUCAUAAGAGCAAGAAACGGAAUAUUCUGAGAAGCAGAUCGGGAAGUUUAGACGACUUGGAUUCCAACCAGCAAACUACACAGAGGAGGAGUGAGGCGAAACCUCUUGGAAUUUGUGGGGAAAGGCUUGCAGCGAUUCCACCCAAGUGUGACCCGAGUCCUGCUCUAAUUGCUCAGACCAACUGGAAUUUUGUGGAAAAACUUCUAAAGGACUGCAAGCAUAAAAUAAAAAGGAUGCUUGUUGAAAAACUCGGUAGCGAGGCUCUCGAGAUGGGCCAUUGUGCUCAGACGUCGAUCGUGGAGGAGAAUACACUUAUCGCCAGUUUAUGUGAUCUGCUGGAAAGGGUUUGGUCCCACGGCCUUCAAAAGAAACAGGGUAAAUCUGCACUUUGGGCUCAUCUAUCUAACUAUCUUGAGUUUGAAGAAUGCAACGACACAUCCAAGCCAAUUGACCCAAAUUUCCUCACGCCAGUUUUUAAGAAGAUAUGUCGAUUUUUUAUUAUUCCUCUUGCAUGGCAUGUACUCAAGAAACGAAUGGAUUACUUGUCUUCUGACACACCUGAUUUGUCGCCUAUUUCUGAGAUCAAGCAGCGAAGCCGUUCUGAAACGCGUACGAGCAACACUAGGAGGUUGAGCGAAGACAACCACCAACAGCCAUCGCUUCGACCAUUACCAAACACUCUAGUCUACGAUUUGAGAAGCGUUCAAGCCAUGACAGACAUAAAAACGAAUAUCGGCUACGCACGAGCUUUUAUCAGGCUAUCACUCGAAAAGAAACUGUUAUCAAGACAUUUAAGGACACUCCUUUCUGAAACUACUCUUUUAAGGACUCAAUACAAAAGAUACGCCUUUUUGAGAUGUGAGGAAGAAAAAGAACAAUUCUUGUACCAUCUACUGACUUUGAAUGCUGUUGAUUACAAUUGUUUUACAAAUACAUAUUUAAAUACAAGAAUACCGUAUCGUGUUGCCGUUUAUCCAUCUAGGAAAAGUAGCUUUUGCUCUACAACCGCCAACUGCUGGGUGGCCAUUUCUGGAACAAAUGGAGAAACUCAGAGAAUCCCUAUUCCAAAAGGAGUCCUUGAAUUUGUCUUUCAUCAUAAAAAUGUUGGCACCUUAACAACGCUCAGAAUAGGCCAUGACAAUGCUGGAUUAAGUCCUAAAUGGCUGGUUGACCAAGUCAUAGUCAGGAAUGAAGUUACAGGCCAUUGUUACAUAUUUCCUUGUGGACGGUGGCUUGGAAAAGGGAUCGAUGAUGAUUCUACAGAACGGCUUUUAGUCGGCGAAAAGGAAAAAUACUCAGAUGGUGACAAAGUGAACGGAAGCAGGCUAAGAAGCCCUAGUGUACCUCCUGCCAAAAGACAACUCUCUCUAUCUCAAAUUCAGCAUAUGCUUGGUGACUGUGUUAAUAGUUUGGGGAAGUAUUUUUCCAGAUUGCAGUCUAAAGAUUGCCCAAAUAACUCGCUGACUGUCUUGCUUUGUGGAGAAUCAGGAUUGGUAGCAAGUUUAGAACAAGUUUUCUCCUACGGCUUCAAAUCUAAUAGGCUUUUCGGACGAAAUCUUUAUAUCUGGGAUUACAUCGUUAAGGUGAAAGAAGAUCUGGAAGGAUUGAGUGGGCAGUGUGAUGCAGUUAGAUAUUUCUUCAAUUUAGUGACGGCUAUUUCUCAUUCUGCUCAUUCCCUUGGCAAAGAUGGAAAAUUUCAGAUAUUCGUUUGCCUUUCUUUCAGAGAUCAUUUGUUACAUCACUUUGUGGUUGAUGUACUCGCUGGUUCACGUGCUACACUCGAAAUGUACGAAGAGAGUUCUUUCUUCAGGGAGCCGAAUCUUCUCAACUACCUUGUCCAUAUGCUCAAAUCACUUGCAAUUUUUGACAUCACCCUGGAGAACUCCCUCACCCACGGCGUUACCUACUGAGCCCUAGCAAAUAUCCACAAGGACAGAAUAUCUCAAAAUUUGUACAUAAUCGUUUGUAUAAAACUAUUUUCUCUUAACAGGGAUCUAAACUAUGUAUAUCUUGACAGAUUGUUGUUCAUAUUGUACGUUCGGGAAAUAAUUGAUCUGAAAGUAAUUAAUGUUGAUAUUAGAAAUGAAACAUUAGGAUAAAUCGAAAUGUCUUUUGGUUUAACAGAUCCAACCUCUUAAACAUUUAAUUUUAAUUUGAAAACAUACUUAAACUGAAUAUGUUGGCUGCAGGAGUACCAAUCUGAUUUAGGUCCUUAGAUUCAAUCAUGGGACCAAAAGUAUAAAUUUUUCCACUGGUCUUAUUUUCCUCUAUUAACCUUCCCACAAUUUAUAUAUUUUAGUAAUGUAAUUGUGAUACAAAAUCCUAAUGAAUAUUACCCUAGUAAAUAAAAUUGUUAAUUAUAUCUCCACCUUGUUCAAAAAAAUUAGUUUAAAUUUUAUUAUUUUAAUUUCUAAUCGCUGAGACUGACUCUGAAGGGGAAACAAUUGGUUGUCUUUAUGUUUUUACGGGUUUAUCCUCGCUUCUGAAAGAUAAAUACUCAAAUUUUGCUUUAAAAAAAGGUCAAAGUAUUUCUUAUUUCAUUCAUAAGUUGACUUUAAUUAAACAAAGGUUUAUUUUGUCAUAAAAUAAUAUUUGGUUUUGAAAUGUAUAAUUCUCCCAAGCGCAAAUUGUGAUUCUUCUUAUUCUCACUGCUUUUGCUUAUCUGAUGCUUUCAGCAUUUUUCAACAUCUGUGGUUUGUCUUGUCCAUUAGUCUGCCUGAAGUAUGAAAACAUUUUUUGUAAAACUUACUUUGUUGUGGAAUUUCCACUCGUGCCACAAACUUAAUAGAAAAUAUUCUACUUGUUUGGAUUAUUGUAAAAGCUGAUCAUAAAAGCUCUUAUCUCUACAAAUAAUGUAGAAAUGCAACUUUCCAUAAAUGUGGAUGUAGAUGUAUUCAUGGUGUGCAGUAGUGUCCUUUGAGAGCUAUUGUACCCCCCAUAUGUACCUGUGAGUCCUAGUUUAUCAAGAAAUUUGAUUAGUAGCAUUGAUUAACUUUCUUGUACGGUUGUUUUUCACCCCAAAGAACUUCCUCCUACAGGCUCUACAGUUUGAUAGAAGAUGUGUUGUCUCUUCUGCUUCCUUGUGAACCGCGUUUGAUUAUACCAAUUGUCUUCAAAUACCCCAUUCAUUUCCCAGUGUCCUGUUCAGAAUCCUGUCAGGAUUCAAAAUCCCUCCCCCUUAAAAUUCAAUACUGAAUAAAUUACAUGAUACAUUAUACAAGGGAAAAUUAUAUAAAUAAUAUAAAGUAGUAGUUAUUUUUAACUUUAAUAUUUUCUUUGGUGAUUGAUCAGCCUUCUCAGUAAAAUAAAUUUUAACUUUAAUUAUUUAUCAUGUUUUUUGGAACCCCUUUAUGAGGGUUGGAAAGGGCCAAAGAAAGGAAGAAAAAAUAAGGAUUUAAGGUGGGGUGAGCAUGUUAAUUCAUUUCGCUAUCUGCAUGCAAGUAGUCAAAUUGUGAGCUUUGUCUAUGUGGUGAUGAACCUGUAAUUUGGCCGUUACUAUCUUUUUGGUCUGUUAGACAUAGUUGGCAUUACACCAUGUUCAGAUUCAGAUAGAUCGAACACUGUAGAUGGCAAAAUGCAGUGAGAAUAGACAGACCAAAAUGAUCAGUAACGACAAAAUAAAUUGUUGAAUCUUUUUGAUUAUCUAGGCUGGUUUUGAUUGGCCUUGGGAUUUCAGUCUUUAGCAGGUGUUUACUAAGAGAGAUACAACACUUUAUUACACUUUUUUUUUAAAUAUUAAAAUUAUCUUAUUUUUCUUCUAGGAAUUGCUAGAAAUGGAUUGAAUUUGAUUUUUAAAUAAGUUGAGAGGUUGGUAGUCAAAAGUUAGCAUUUCGAAUAUCCUUUCUCUUAGUUUUUGUUGCGAUCUCAGUUUUUUCAAUAUAGAAAUCUGUGUUAAAAAGUUUAAAAAAAGAAUACUCACACCUGUAAUUAAUUAUAACAAAGGAAAGGAAUUCUUGGGGUAUUUGUUGCAGCAACAAAUGAAGUGUUGAAAUUUCCAAUUUACUGCUUAGUGAAAAUACUAAAUUGGAAUAGCAGUCAGAUGGCAUACAAUGAUUUUAUAUGACCGGUAUACUUUUAUGAGUCUUAACGAAAUUAAUUUAGUCAUGUUUUGUUCUUUUUUGUCAAUUUAGUUGUUUAAAUCUAGUUUUAAGAUUUAUUUUCCUCUUUUA